AUGAAUCGUCCCGCUAGAGUGCAGGUCAAUCCGGAUGAUAUACCGGACGACGACAAGCCGCCUCAGACCGGUCACACUUUCAAUAUCUGGUACCUCCAAUGGGCCGGAGGUGAUCGAUCUUCCAAUGUUACUCAGCGACUGAAGACUCGAGUCAAGAUCCUGGAGGACUCCGGAUACACCAGGGCCAAGGACGGGAAACUGCCCCUUUGUUUGUUUUUCGCCCGUGGCUGCUGUUAUAAGGGAAAGUCCUGCCAAUUUUUGCAUAGACUACCGCUUCCAACAGACCCAGCAAUACCGUCACAGGACUGUUUUGGCAGGGACAAAACAGCGGACUACAAGGAUAACAUGGGUGGCGUGGGGCUGUUCAACAAGGUCAACAAAACGCUCUAUGCUGCAGGACUCCACGUCAACGAUGAGAUCGAGGAAACUCUUGCCAACCAGUUCGGGGAGUUUGGUUCCAUCGAUAAGAUACGUGUUUUAAGGAGCAAAGCAUGUGCGUUUAUCUCCUUCAAGUACGAGCUGGAAGCACAGUUUGCCAAGGAGGCCAUGGAUGGGCAGACUUUGGAUGGUAAUGAUACCUUGACGGUGAGGUGGGCCAACGACGAUCCAAAUCCGAAUGCACAACAACUGGCGAAGCGGUCAGCCGAUGACGCUGCGUUGGAUACGGUGAAGCGUUUGCUAGCGGAGGAGCCCAAGAAGAGGAAAACGCAGCCCUCUCCAAAGAAGAAGCCAUCCAAAGAGGAGCCUGUUGCAUCUGAAAAGGAGGAGAUAGUCGAGGAGGAGAUAGUGGAGGAGGAGCCAACCAAUUCCCGAAGGCUUCUAGGCACCGCAAGAUUGGCUGCGCUUGGGAAGUUGCAGAAGUCUGGAAAACCCAAUAGCGCCGAUAGUGCAACAAACGGUGGAAACGACGCAAACACCUCCAACGCAUCACCAUCCAAUGGAGCAUCGUCCAAUGGAGCACCCAGCAUAAAGCCGGAUUUGGAUUCACCUGUCCAGGCUACAUCAGCAUCUCAAUCGCAUUUUGGGGGUUACGCUAGUAGCGAUGAGGACUAA